UCACUCCGGGCCCCGCAGCAGUCGCAGGCCGUGGUGCGGAGGAUGGCGCUGGGGCAGUGGGACGGGCCGCUGAGCCUGGGCGAGGUGGAGCAGCAGCCGGCGCUGCCCCUGCGGGUGCGGUACGGGGCGCUGCAGCUGGACGAGCUGGGCCAGGUGCUCACCCCCACGCAGGUUCAGAACCGCCCAACCAGCAUUGAGUGGGAUGGAUGCGAUCCACAGAAACUCUACACCUUGGUUCUUACUGACCCAGAUGCUCCGAGCAGGAAGGAUCCAAAGUUCAGGGAAUGGCAUCACUUCUUGGUUGUUAACAUGAAAGGAAACGACAUCAGCAGUGGGUGUGUCCUUUCUGAUUACGUUGGUUCUGGGCCACCCAAAGGGACAGGACUUCACCGGUACGUGUGGCUGGUCUAUGAACAGCCGCAGCCACUGAACUGCAACGAACCCAUCCUCACAAACCGAUCUGGUGACAAACGUGGGAAGUUCCAAGUGGCCUCUUUCCGCAAAAAGUACAAGCUGGGAAACCCGGUGGCUGGCGCCUGCUAUCAGGCAGAGUGGGAUAGCUAUGUGCCAAAACUCUACGAGCAGCUGUCUGGGAAGUAGUGGGGAGGGGCAGCCCUUAAGCCUCUUAGCCUUGUUCCUGCAUCCCCAAAUCCCAUCACCUAGAACAAAACUAGCUUUGAGUGAGAUGUAUCAGUCUUCUGGCAGACAAAGUAAGUGUUGGAGUAGAGCAAUUUCUACGACUGUCCCUGCCGCUCACGGGGCUCCUUCUCACCCAGCUCUGUGCUGCCUCUGCAAACAAUUACUGGGUGGAACCAGAGCCUCUUACCCCAUGUACAGCCAUGACUGGAACCUGCUUCAGUAUUAAUGUAGCUUUUGCAUGGGUGGGGUCCUUCCCAAGCACCAAGGCAGAUUUCAGUUGCUAGUAGCAAGUGGGCCCUCCCCGACAGGGGUAAAGGGAAAAUGUACCAUUUAUUGUGCCCAUUUCUGCAGAAACCAUUGCUGCCUAAAGAGCACUAGUUCAUUACAGAAAUCUGCUAAGGUGAAAUGCUUAGAGCUGCUUAUACCUCCUGGGCUAUCUUGAAAAGCCUGUGUCUUGGAAACCCUGGGGGUGGGAGAAUAUGGCUUCUGUUUCUCUUCCCUCCUGGUAAAAGUGAGCUGAGGCUCUUGUGUGUGUUCCUACCUGCCCUUGCAAUCCCAUGUCAAACUUCACAAUUAGUCUGGAAGCAGAAAGAUUUGACUUAUGGUAGCAAAUAAAUUCUUAAAAUGCAGAGCCUGCCUUUAUGCAGACAUGCAAAGUAGUGAGGAAAGACAGAAUUCACUAGUCACUAAACACUGAUGCUACCGUAAGAGGGGGAAUACUGUAGUAACUACCCAAGGACAGACUUUCAGAUGUUCCCUGGAGGCGGCAGGAGGUUGGAGCUGCUCUGUUCCACAGCAGUGUGUCGGGCCACUGCUGUGCCCUUUGAUUUGAUUUAACUAUAUACUGGAAUAGGGAGCAAAACUGCCCCAGGAAGCUUCUGUUAAACCAGAAAAUUAAUUUAGCUUCUAUUGAAACCCUUGUUUGUGCACGUCAGUAUUGUGCCAUAUUUGCUGUUUGCUCUUAGUUCGAUUAAAAGGACAGACUCACAGGUGGACUUGAA